AUGUUCGGCUGUGUUUUGGCCGAAGUUGGAAGGCGGAUCUUCAGUUUAAAUACAGUUCAUACUUACUUUUUUUUUACUUUAAUAAUAUCUGGUGGUCUGAUGUGUAGAGGUUGCACAGACUUAUUUACUGGGUGGGUUGGGAUAGAGGUGAUACUUUUAUGUUUUUUUCCAAUUGUUCUGAAACACAAUAUACCUUGGCUCUCAGUGUUGGGAUGUGUGAACUACUUUAUCAUUCAGGUAAUUGGGUCUAAUGUUUAUUUUGUAAGUUCUUGCUUUAUGUCGGCAUUUGACUCAAAAUAUUGAAUAAUUCCUAUCCUGUUAGGUUUAUUCUUAAAGCUUGGGAUAUUUCCUUUCUCUUUUUGAGUACCUAAGGUGUACUCAAGCUUGGAGUGGGGUGGAUGUUUAAUAGUUUCUGUUUGGCAAAAGUAUGGCCCCCUAUUUAUUAUAGCUAAUAAUUAUUUAAAUCAGAAGUUCUGGUGACUGGUAGCACUAUCAGGGGUUUUAAGGGUUUGAAUUGGGGGAAUACUAGGCGUAACGGUAAACUCAGUUCGUGUACUUAUAGGUUGAUCCUCUGUUUGUCAUGCCGGCUGAAUAGCAAUUUUGACUUUAACAAGUGAAUGGGUUCUUCUCUUAUAUUUUUUAACCUAUGCUUUAAUUUGUACUGCUUUGUUUUCAAUAUUUGAACUGUCAGGAUUAAUAAACUUUAGGAGAUUUGGUUACUUUAGCCAAACAACUCGGGCAUGCUUAUGUUUGGGAUUACUGUCUAUAGCAGGAAUCCCUCCUCUUUCUGGGUUUUUUCUAAAGUGGGUGGGUCUCCUUAGCCUGAUUGAGUCUGGUUUUGAGUUAACUUCAUUAACUCUGAUUAUAGGGAGUGGCAUAAGUGCCCUACUGUAUAUAAACUUGGUAUUUACUCUGAGGGUUCAUAGGUGGGUCACAAGACUCUCUUACCCUGUUACCACACCUAAGUGGGAGGCAGGUGAUUAUAUUCGGAUAUUUAUCUUAAUUUUUAUGUUUCCUUUUUUAUUUUUUUUUUAUUAA